AUGGAGACUGAGGAACGUGAGCUUAUUGAUUUGAACAGCAACCAGAGUAACUGUGGUGGGAAUGAUAGCAAGAGCGGUGAUGGAUUCAUUGACAGGAGUAAAGUUAGAAUUUUGCUUUGUGAUAACGAUUCCAAGAGUUCAGAAGAGGUUUUUACUCUUCUUUUGAAUUGCUCUUAUCAGGUUACGUCUGUAAAAUCAGCAAGGCAAGUGAUUGAUGCAUUGAAUGCAGAAGGGCAAUACAUAGACAUCAUACUAGCUGAAGUCGACCUUCCAAUAAAAAAGGGAAUGAAGAUGUUGAAGUACAUAGCACGGGAUAAAGAAUUGCGCCGAAUCCCUAUUAUAAUGAUGUCUGCACAAGAUGAGGUACCAAUUGUUGUAAAGUGCUUGAGGCUUGGAGCAGCAGAUUAUCUAGUAAAGCCUUUACGUACUAAUGAGCUAUUAAAUUUGUGGACACACAUGUGGAGAAGGAGACGCAUGCUUGGACUUAUAGAGAACAACAUCGUGAAUUAUGAUUUUGAUCUGGUAGCAUCAGACCCAAGUGAUGCCAAUACAAAUAGUACCACCCUGUUCUCUGAUGACACAGAUGACAGGUCCAAAAGAAACACUAAUCCAGAGCCUGGAAUUUCAAUCCAACAAGAACACGAGGAUAGCAUUGCCACCGAUGCUGCUGUUAUUGAGGAACUUCCAUAUGCUAGUCUAUCAGAAUAUCAGCCCGAUGUACCAGGAAUUAGUGAUCGAAGAACAGGUUCUUCAGGACAGCAUCCGCCAUGCAACAAAGUUACGAAUGGUGGAUUUGAUGGUCCAAAGAAGAGUGAACUAAGAAUUGGAGAGUCAUCAGCCUUUUUCACUUAUGUCAAAGCAGCAACAACAACAAAGAGCAACUUCGAAGAGAUUGUGCAUGUUGAAGAUGAUAGUACUUCACAAGGGGUGGAAGAUAUGAAUCAAGUGUAUUCUCAACAAGGGGGUAAUGACCUUCAAAGACAUGAAAUUGGAGAAAUGAUUGAAAGUUGUUCACAAGAUGACUUACCCAGAAGCAAUAGUAUACCUGAUUCUUUCUCUAUCGAGAGAUCGUGUACCCCGCCUGUAUCAAUGGAGGUUUCACAACAAAAUAAUCAUUACGAGAAAGAACAUCAUCCACAGGGUGUGGUUCAUCCAAGAAGUGGAAGUUAUGGUUCUGAGCUCAACCCACCGAGCAUGCCUUCUCAACAUGCUUAUCCGUAUUAUAUACCAGGAGUUGUUAAUCAUGUUAUGAUGCCGUCAUCAGCACAACUGUAUCAAAAUAAUAUCCAGGGUCUUCAGAAUCAUACUAGUUCAUCUAUGAUUGCCCAGUACAGUCAUCUUCCCCAAUGUCCACCUCAUGCAACUGGGAUGACACCCUACCCGUAUUUUCCAAUGAGUAUUUGUUUACAAACUGGUCAGGUUUCUGCAACUCAUUCAUGGCCGUCAUUAGGAAGUUCAACUCCAUGUGAAGCAAAGUUGAGCAAAGUUGAUAGGAGAGAAGCAGCAUUAAUGAAGUUUAGACAGAAAAGAAAAGAGCGCUGCUUUGAUAAGAAAAUUAGGUAUGUCAAUCGAAAACAACUUGCAGAAAGGCGGCCUCGUGUUAGGGGACAGUUUGUCAGAAAGUUGAAUGGUAUUAAUGUGGAUCUAAAUGGACAACCUGCUUCCACCGACUAUGAUAAUGAUGAUGAUGAGGAGGAAGAAAACAAUGGCGUGAGAGAUUCAUCUCCUAAGAAUGCUUGA